AUGCCUCAAGACCUCCCGCCCUCAGGCGGUUAUGAAGCCGUCCAAUACCGCCGCAACAUCCCGACCCGCGGCCUCCGCCCGUUAUGGUACCUCGUCGGCAUGCUCGGCGUUGUGACCUACGGCUGGCGGCAGAUCUUCCUGGGCCAGCGCGAAAAGACCGAGAUGGCCCGCGAGAAGAUGUGGGCCCGCAUCCACUUGACACCCCUUCUACAGGCGGAGGAGGAUAGAGAUCAGGUCCGAAGAUAUUACGCCGAUUUGAAGAGAGAAAAGGAGUUACUAGGCAGUCAGAUUGCUGUUGGGUGGUUUGUGGGCUUGAGAGUUUUGGAGCUCGGAGUCGAGAUGGGUUUGUGGGCGAGAGUACAAGCAAGCGAUGCGUCGAAAGACUUGUGA